AUGUGUUGGUUGUAUCCUACGGACUACAGGCAGCAACGAUUGCGUCAUAUUUCCGCGCCACGUGCGCUGCAGUUGUGGAGGACAUCGAGCAUGGGACACCUUGGAGCUUUAUUCCUGCUGCUGGUUCCUCUCACCUGCUGUCAGAUUUGGGGUGCUGCAGGUCACUCUCUGCCCUCCUGCAGUGAUCAGCAGGAGUUCAGGUGCAGCGAUGGUUCUUGUAUCUCCAGACUGAAUGUUUGUGACGGACACAAAGACUGUGAGGACGGAUCAGAUGAACAACACUGUGGUCACCUGUCAUGUCAGAACGAUGAGUUUUCCUGCCGGAGUAGACGGUGCAUAUCGAUACGUUUCUGUUGCAACGGCGUGGACGACUGUGGGGACGGGAGCGACGAGGCUCCGGACGUGUGCGGUUCGUCUCCGUCUGUUCAGACUUCCUCCAAGUGUUCCUCGUCUGAGUUUGAGUGUGGAGACGGCGAGUGUAUCCGCCAGAGCUGGAGGUGUGACCACUCACAGGAAUGCUCCGACGGCAGCGACGAGGAGAACUGUGAUCAGAACGAGUGUGAGGUCAAUAAUGGCGGCUGCUCUCAUGUGUGUGUGGACCAGCUGAUGGGUUUCCACUGCGACUGCCCCGACAACAUGAAGCUGGUCGGGGACAGCUACUGUGAAGAGGUGGACUCGUGUCUGGAGAGAGACGUGUGUGACCAGCUGUGUUCUCACAGGAACGGCAGCUUCGCCUGCGACUGCCACCAGGACUACCUGAUGGAUCCGUCCAGCGGAGAGUGCAGGGCCAAAGGCGAAGAGGCUCAGCUGGUUUUCAGCUCUUCUAAAGGAAUACGAUCCAUCAGCAUCACAGGCGCCGAGUACAGAACGCCGCCUCCACAUCUAGCGGGACCGGGGCCGCUGGCAGCUCUGGCCUCUAACAGGACGCUGUACUGGGCCCCGGGAGGACGAGGCGCCGUGUACAGGGUCUCGGUGGAUGGAAAGCUGCAGGACUCGGUGUUGGUUCUGGAGGUUGCAGGUUCAGUUUCGGGCCUGGCUGUGGACUGGAUCCACCAUCUCCUCUACUGGACCAGCGUGGAGAACGGUUCUGUUAGCGUCGGCCUGCUGGACGGAUCGGCUCAUCGUCGGCUCAUCACGGGGCUGGAUGAACCUUCUGCUGUGGCCGUGGAGCCUCUCCACGGACUUCUCUUCUGGGCUCAGCGUGGCGGCUCGCCGAAGAUUGAGAGAUCGAGACUGGACGGUGGAGACACGAAGACUCUGGUCACUUCCUCUAUCCGACACCCCGUGGCUCUCUCUCUGGAUAUGCCUCGUCAGCUGCUGUACUGGGUGGACGAGGGAACAAGAAGCAUCUCCAGAGUAAAUUUAGACGGCCGUCAGCGUAAAAUUGUGGUGGAGUCUAACGGUUAUCUGGACCGGCCCUUCGGACUGGCUGUGUUUGAGGGUUUUGUAUAUUGGAGUGAAGAAGUGACGCGCUCCGUCUGUCGAGCCAGCAAACACGACGGCAACAACCUCCAGAUCCUGCUGUCCAACGUCUCCUCCCCAGGUGGAGUGGUCGUCCUCCAGCCGGUUCUCCAACCAGACGGGCCGACUGUAUGCGGACACAGCAGGACGCCGUGCAAUCACAAGUGCGUUGUCGACCUCCUCUCUGAGAGUCCACAGUUCAGCUGCACUCCUCCAGAAAAAGGACAAAGCAAACCUGAAGAAAUCCCUUCCAUAUCUCGCACAGUUCCUGCACCAUCUUUACCUGACCCGACAUUUGCCGGAAUCCUCUCUCUGAUCAUGUUUCUCAGUGUGCUGCUGGUGGGCGUGGCUCUGUGGUGGUGGAGGGAGGAGUUCAGGCCGUCCAGGUCUCUCACCGAGCAGAGCUUCUCUCUCAAAGAGUCCCAGGACCCGCUCAUCGUCCAGGGUCCACACACAUGUCCCGUUAAGGAAACUCUGCUUAAGCUGGACUUGGAAGGUGAAUGAAGAAGAGCGACACAGACGGCCGGCUGAUGACCUGCUUCACCUGCUGCUGGCUCAGAUCACUGAAACAUGACCUGCUGGUAAAUAUCACAGCUCAGACGGGAAAAGGAUUUCAAACAAUAACUUCUGCUUUCAGCCCCCGUGGCUCCAGAAUCCUUCUUUGUUGUUGAUGAUGAUGUUUGUUUAUAUUGUUUUAACCCUUUGAAGCCUGGAAAGCAGAUACGUCGUUUUUUGCAGUAUUUGUAUAAGCUCUCAAAUACUUUUUGAAUUUCAUUUCUAAAAAAAAAAUCGGUAACACUUUACAAUAACCAACUAAAUAAUGUUUAUAGAUGGUUUAUAAACCAGUUAUUAACCAUUUACAAAGUGCUUUACAUAUUUCAUCGUUAAAUGUUUUCAACCAAUUUAUUAAAGGUAUAUGAAUCAUUUCAAAAUCAUUAACAUACUUAAUAUGGAGUUAAAAAUAUUAAAAUGGGUGCAACUAAAACUAUUUAUAAACAAUUAAUUAUAAUUUAAUUGUUUGUUAAUGGUAAAGUAACUAUAAACGUACAUUAAUAGACAUGUUUAUAAAUAAAUAUACAUCUAUUUGCCAUUUACACAUGGUUAAGUUAGUUAAACAUUAAUAAAUUAUGUAUUUACCAUUCUAAAUGGUCUAUAAACAGUUUAUAAAUGAUGAUUAAACAUUAAUAAACUAUCUGUUUACCGUUUAUAAAUGAUGGUUAUUGUAAAGUGUUACCAAAAAAUCUAUUAUUUAGUAGAAGCGUUGACACUUCUGUUGGAUUUCCAGAAAAACUUUCUUUCAGGUUUUAGGGGCUUAUUUUAAAAUCCCCCAGAGGUUUUACAGGUAGUUUUUACAGGUGUUUUAGGCUUCAAUGGGUUAAACAAACAUACAUCAAAGUUUUUGUGUUUUGAAUAUCCGCACGGUUAUUUUGCCUUCAUUUUCAAACCCUGCUAUACGGCGUUUUCCUCAGUGGAAAUGUGAUCUGUUUAGAUUAGAGCUCAAACAAUUAGUUGAUUAAAAGCUUAGUCGAUCAACAGAAAAUUAAUUUGACUAGAUUUUGAUAGUUGAUUUAUUAUUUUGGUUAAAUGCCAAAUAUUUGCAGGUUCAAGCCUCUGCGUUUCUUUCUUUUUGUCGGUCAUAGUAAACUAAAUUUAUUUGGGUAUC